AGCAGCAGCAGCAGUGGAGCUUCACUGCCUCUCCUCGCCUCACAGUGCGGGAAUAUACCAGCGGAGAGCGGAAUGGAUACGGAAGGGAGCCAGAGCAGCCUGUCCUCCGGCACGGACAACUCCCCCCACGACCCCUGCAAAAUGUUCAUCGGGGGUCUGAGUUGGCAGACAACACAAGAGGGCUUGAAGGAGUACUUCUGUAAAUUUGGCGAGGUGAAGGAGUGUAUGGUGAUGCGGGAUCCCGUUACCAAGCGGUCGAGGGGGUUUGGGUUUGUAACAUACGCAGAACAAGCCGGAGUGGAGAAGGUUUUGGCGCAAAACAGACACGAGUUGGAUUCCAAAACGAUCGACCCGAAGGUGGCGUUUCCCCGCCGGGCCCAGCCUAAGCUGGUGACCAGGACAAAGAAGAUCUUUGUCGGAGGACUGUCAGUCAAUACCACCAUUGAAGAUGUGAAGCAUUACUUCGACCAGUUUGGAAAGGUCGACGAUGCCAUGCUUAUGUUUGACAAAACAACCAACAGACACAGAGGCUUCGGCUUUGUCACAUUUGAGAAUGAAGACGUGGUGGAGAAAGUCUGUGAGAUUCACUUCCAUGAGAUCAACAACAAAAUGGUGGAGUGUAAGAAAGCCCAGCCAAAGGAGGUGAUGACGCCGACAGGCUCAGCUAGAGGCCGCUCCAGAGUGAUGCCCUAUGGGAUGGACGCCUUCAUGCUGGGCAUAGGCAUGCUGGGCUACCCAGGUUUUCAGACUACUACCUACACCAGCCGCAGUUACUCUGGAAUUGCUCCUGGUUACACUUAUCAAUUUCCAGAAUUCCAUUUAGAGAGGACCCCCCUCCUGACAUCAUCCCACCCCCCUGAGCUGGCAGCCAUUCCCCUGACUGCGUAUGGACCAAUGGCAGCAGCCGCAGCAGCAGCAGUAGUUAGAGGCUCCACCCCUUCACGCACAGCUGGUUUCCUGGGCACCAGCAGCCCUGGACCAAUGGCUGACCUGUACGCCGCAGCCAACCAGGACUCAGGAGUCAGCAGCUACAUCAGCGCCGCUAGUCCCGCCCCCAGCACAGGGUUUGGCCACGGUCUAGGGAAAGUGUAUCCGCUCUUGUCGGUGCAUCCCCAGGGCCCUCUGAUUGCUACUGCGUUCACUAAUGGCUACCACUGAGAAGACUCAGGUCACUGAAGAUGGGAGGGCCUCUCUUCUGCUGAUGAGCCAAUCAAAAUGCUGGCUGCCCUCUGAUGGCACAACCUGAUUGGCCGGCCACAGGCUCUACCGGGCUCUCCUGGCUCCCUGUGGCUCCACCCACCGACUGAAUAUCUUUUUAAAAUCCUGAACUCUGUUUUGCUGUACUAAUCUCACUUCAACAUAACGUCCCCCGUCUCUCCUCUUUUGUCCUGUGUAAUAACUAGAUCCCCUCCUUCCCUCCGUUAUCCAUUAUUUUCUUUUUGAAGCUGAGAAAAGAAAACUGCAACAAAAAAAGGAAAAAAAAAUCUCUGAGGAAACGUUUGUCAUCUUCGACAAAGUCACAGAGGACUAUUUUGAGUAUUUUUUUUUUAUUAUUAUUAUUAUUUUAUUUCAAUGUGAUACGUUGUUUCAUCAUUAAAUCCUUCAAAGCCGUUACUGAUGUGAACAGAGAGAGAGAAAAAGCCACGCAAGGUGGGUCUUUGUCUGAAAACCAUUUUUAACAAAGGAAGAACAAAUCCAACGAAGUCCUCUUUUUAACUCAAGCAUCACGAAAACAUGAAAAAAAAAAACUAAAAUGUAUAUUUUGGUAGUCUUUAAAAACAAAACCUUUGUAAUAUUGUUAUUAAUAUUGACAUAAUAAUGAUAAUCUGUAAGGUAUUUUAUUCUGUAAUUGGUUUUAAAGCAAUGUUUUUAUGUCUUCCUGUAAGAUAUUGUACAUAGACGUUGGGGUGAGGGCGGGGUGGAGGGGGUACUGAACCGGCUCGCAUGUCAUUGGUUGGUUUGGAGAGGGUUAACAGCUAUUUGAUUGGCUGUCAUCUACUACUAUGUGUGGUCAUCUCACUACUUUUACCAGUAUGCACAGGUAUAUGUGUACAUCUUUGGCCAGUCGGCUCCAGUGAUGCAUCAGCGCAGCGCCAUCGGCGAUCGCUGCUGAGAAAUAAAACUUCCAGGAGUUAGUCUGGCACAUGUGUUCAGUUCAAUAACAGUUUUGUCACAAACGCAUCACUUUGUUCGCUUCUUGAAAAAGCAACUUCGACUUUAGUUACAGCACCAUGAUGAACCAGAUUUCUCGCAUCUUCACGAAAACUACUUAAGAUUAACAUGGCGGACUAUGGAAGAAUCACAACCUUACACAGCAGAAAUCAGGAGUUCGUGGGGUUGGGGAGGGGGCGGGGGGGUUGACUUGACUUCCUCUUUUUUGAAAAUAUUAUAUAUAUAUUUUUGCGCGAUUCACUUCUUAAUGUUUUUUGUUUUUAUUGUUUUCUUUUUUAAAAAAAAGUUCUUUUAUGCGGUGUUCUCUACCGUGGAAAACAAAUGAAGGACAUUCUCAGAGAAGCAAUUGUAGAAAACAUCACAAUCAUGUUCUGUCCUCUUAUCGCUAUUGAAGGUGCAUGUGAUUGCGUCUGAGUGUGUGUGAGUGAGUGUUUGUGCGCAUACAUCAAGGUGUAAUAUGGAACUACUUCUGGCAACGAAGGAGCAUUUCGAUUGCCACUUUUUUUU